UGAGUCAUCCUCGUCCGAAUUUCCGUAAUUUAAUAAUUAUCUUCCGGACCACGGUGUUUCCCGGUUGAGAGUGCAGAUUCUUUAUUGUGCAAAGCGUGAUUACCACGGGUCAAGACGGGAAACGAGAUGUCGGCCUCAGCGAUGGAGAAACACAUGUUUAAUCUGAAAUUUGCAGUGAAGGAACUCGAGAGGAACGCCAAGAAAUGCGAGAAGGAAGAGAAAGCCGAAAUGCUCAAGACCAAGAAGGCCAUCCAGAAAGGCAACACGGAGGUCGCUCGGAUUCACGCGGAAAACGCCAUUCGACAGAAGAGCCAAGCUCUGAACUAUCUUCGGAUGAGCGCUAGGGUGGACGCGGUCGCCAGCCGGGUACAGACAGCGCUGACCACGCGCAACGUCACCAACUCGAUGGCCGGUGUCGUGAAGGCGAUGGAUGCAGCCAUGAAGGGUAUGAACCUGGAGAAGAUCUCCGGUUUGAUGGAUAAGUUCGAGUCGCAGUUCGAGGAUCUGGAUGUGCAGAGUUCCUACAUGGAAAACACAAUGUCACAGACGACCACGACGGCCGUACCACAGAACGACGUGGAAUCGCUGAUGCAGCGAGUAGCGGACGAAGCGGGACUCGAAUUGAAUAUGGAACUACCGGCCGGACCCGCCUCGACAUCGCUUGGUGCUUCAACGAUGGCUUCAACGGAACAGGACGAACUUACUCAGCGUCUCGCACGUCUACGGCAGGCUGAAUAGGGCAGAACAAUUCCCAACGUCCAGCAUAACUUCAACCUGUUGUCCGUUCACGGUAAAAAGACCGUUAAAACUGACGUUGCUGCCUACAUUUUACAAUCCCAGAAGCACUCGUUCUGUAUAUUAUUCUACAUGCCGUAAAGCGACGGACGCCACUCAGUUGGUGAUAUGCCGAUCAAGCCUGCAAUGAGUUAUUCUACGAAAUGAAAAAGUUUAUCUUUAUUUACUACUUCCGAGUCUCUGCGUUAUUCGUUAACAUAACAAAUAAAACCUGAACGUACGGUGGAUACAAGCG